AUGGGAGACGACCUCUGGCUCGGCUUAUGUACCCAAGACCCACGGUGAACCCUACGCGCAGCCCCGGGCCUCAGAGCCUGCUGACCCCACGCCGACUAUGGGAAUCAAGGCUUUAGGAGAAAAGCUCAGACAUCGCGGGUGGCGUCUCCCUCUGAUCACCAAGCACCAGAGCAGCGAGAUGAAGGCGCAGUACAGCUGGCCCGACCUGAACCAGUGCCCCACCGUCCACUUCGGUCCCCAGCCCCUGAAGCUUGCAGACCACCACCGCGGGGGUCCUUCCCAGAGUGUCCUGGACCGCCAUCAGCUCUACCUGACCACCUCGGUCCGGGACUUACGGUUCUACCCGAAGAACGAGCUGUCUGGAUAUCCUCGCAAGGACUUACGGACCCACUGGAGCUUCGAGAUGCCCCAGGCCUGGGGCCACGGUCCGCAGUGGCCACCCUGUCCACGCUCUUCUCGGCCGCCGCGACCGCCGCCCGCGGGGCCCUAUCUCUGCCUCAGGAGUCCUACAGUACCCCGCUGCAUCCACUCCGCAGGCUCGACCGUUUCUGCCCACUGGAGGCGCCCUGGGGCGGCCUCCACUGGAAGCCCCUGCCGGGAAUCUACAGCGUGCCUAAAGCCUACGCUACCGAAAAUUCCACCUACGGCAGCUUGAAGCCGGCGCCAGUUUGA